AUGUCGUAUUUUCUCCCACAAGACAUGUUGACAGGCAUCCUUGCAAGAUUGCCGUUUAAGACAAUAUUGCAAUGCAGGUGCGUUUCAAAAACAUGGUACUCUUUAAUAUCAAGAUCUACUUUCGCCACUCAUCACCUCAACAAAACCACCAAGACCAAGAACAGUGACAUCCUUCUAUUUAGGUAUUGCUCUAGGGAAUCAAAUGGGGAAAUAGAGCAUUAUUUCUUAUACCCAGAUGAGGGUUUUCCUGAUAACCAUCUAGAGGAACUUGAUUGCCCAUUUAAAAGCACAUGGGCUGCUCUGUGGAAUCCCAGUAUUAGAAAGACUGUAAGUAUUCCUAGGCCAAAUGUUACUUUCACGUCACAUGGAUCCUUUGUGCACUCUCUCGGGUUUGGGUUUGAUUCCAUCAGUAAUGACUAUAAGUUGGUGAGAGUAGUCUAUUUGCAAGAUUGUAGUUUUGGCUUUGAUGAGGUUCCUCCGAUGGUUGAGGUUUACACAAUGAGAAGAGGGUGUUGGGGAAUGAUUACCAAUGAUCUAAAGUAUGUUAUCAGGGAGCAAUCGGCAUGUGCUUUUUUGAAUGGAGCUUGUCAUUGGAUUGGAUAUAAUUCACUGGAGAGGGAUGAGCCACGCCAUGCAACUGUUGCCUUUAAUUUGGGGAAUGAGGUAUUUGUGCAAAUGACAGUUCCAGAUUGUUUGGUAUGGGAUGAUUUUAUCGAUAUAUCUCUUACAGUCUUUGAUGGAAUGCUAUCACUGGUUCCAUGGAUACAAAGGUUAGUUGCAUUUAGAGAAAAUAAUGAGGUUCUGUUGCCUGGGGAAGAUGGCGAGCUGAUUUCAUAUGACCCAAAUACCAAUAAUUGGGAUUGCAAACUAUUUGGUGAUGAGAAUAUUGAAGGGAAUAAAAACAGGGAGGGCCCUCUGACAGUGGAUGAAGAAAAAAUAGUGCUUCCUGCAGAUGCCUCCGGUGAUCAUUCCAUAAUUGGAAUUGAAGAAGCCAGCGGUGCGUCAAGGGACCAUGAGGAUGGAGCAGACAAGAAGAAUAAAGAGAUUGCACCUUUACUAGAUGGAGUAAAUGAAGAGCAUGCUUCUGGAGUCUGGUUCUGCAUGACACAUUGUUCAAAACUAAACAUGUCAAGCAUCAAUGGAGCAUUUUUCCAUUUGGUGCCAGUGUAG